UGUAAGGGCACGGGUAGAGAGGGGUGUUUGUGUUGAGCUAUAUAUAUGACGGAUUUGUUGGGUAGUUUUUCUGAAUGCUGGUUGUGGUGAAUCUUGAUGUUCAUUUUAACGUGGAAUUGUGUUUGGUUGGAAGCUGUCGACUGUCGUGACAUAUCCACUGCUCUCCAGUCUGAUGAACAUCAGAGCAACGUUGUCGACAUCCUGCACGUAUGCUUCUCAGCAUUGCGGCGUUGACGACACAGUAACAACGAGUAGCUAAGACAUAUGAGGCAAGGCACAAUGGGGAACCAGAAAGACCUGGCAUAUAGACGAGCUAAGAAAUCAAGGUCACCAUCAGCAGGAAAAUUACUCCCCAUUCAUAAUAUCGGUUUUGGUGAGAACAACGAUGACCUUGAGAGUGUCAGCUUCCAUCAAAGUACGGAAUCCUUGAGCAGUUUGUCUGACAGCAAAAUACCGGAACUAGUGUGCUCAAAAUAUGCGGUUAUCGGUGAUCCUCACGCCAGAAAGAUUAAACAGCGGAAGAAGACCAAAUACUGGACUAUGCCGGAGUUAGGCAAAGAGAAGAGCUUGCUGGUGGCGGAAUCAAACGACCGGUUGUUUGACCGGAAGAACCUUUACGGCAUCAAACAACAAAAGCGAUAUGAGAGACUGAUACGGGAUGACACUAACGGAGUAUCGGAAAAUGACUGCACUCCGAGGCGAUCCGUGGACAAAGAGAAGGACUAUAUUCUGUCAGAUUACUACACAACGGGGACUUCCAGAAAUAUGAGCGUGAUGAGGUUCACGUUCCAACAGUGUAUCAGAACUACUUCAGCAGACGUAGGAACAAGGACCUGUAUGUUCGUCAUAAGUACUCUGAGGAAUACAGGAAGCGGAACUCGAGAUUUCCGACAUGCGCAAGAAGCUUCCAGGGCGCAGAUUCCAGGACUCACUUCUGUGAUGUCCUUGGGAAGAGGUUCUGUAGUUGUUGUGAAGAAUAUUCCAACAGACUGUUUUCUUGGAAGUAUGAAAGGCGGAAACUGCUGCCAAUUCAGGCUUACUAUGAAUACUAAUUCUCUGUAUUUGAACCACUACUUCUAGUGUGUAAGAGGAGGUUAAUCUAUUACAUAAUAUGACGCGGCAACUGACCCCAAACCGCAAGAUCGGUAACCCAUGUCGAUAUACACAGGAAAGCAGUUGGAACACUAUUUAGCUACGUAUAAGCCGCGUCAAGGUGUCAGCUCCUUACAAGCCUGUGUGAAGGGUUGGUGUUAAAAUAGGUGUAGUGCUAAGAAUGGUUUGUGCAAAGGUGCCCAUUACACAAACUAUGCCUCUCAGCAGUGUGCGAAAUAGUUACCAAUUUAUUUCUAGCAGUC